AUGGACACACAAGCAGGAAUAUCUCAGAAGGACAUCUAAUGUUAUCCCUGGAUUGUGAAAUAAAAGAUGACGCCAGUAGACAGGAUUCUCCAGGAGCUAACCCCAUUACCCCAAUUAUACAUCCAGCUCUAUCAGCUGAUCCCUCUGAUCCUGGGAAAUGUUCUCCUGAUCACUCUGAUAUUGGUGCAUCUGUUACAGCUCUGAAAGUAGAUACAGUGUUUCCAUGUUCUAUAGAUGCCAAAUGUUUUACACAGAACACAAAACCUAUUAACCCGCACACAGUUAAGGCAGGUGAAAGGCCACUUAUAUGUUCUGAGUGUGGGAAAUGUUUUACAUACAAAUCAGAUCUUGUUAUACAUCAGAGAAGUCACACAGGUGAGAAGCCAUUUCCAUGUUCUGAGUGUGGAAAAUGUUUUGCAAACAAAUCAGAUCUUAUUAAACAUCAGAGAAGUCACACAGGUGAGAAGCCAUUUUCAUGUUCUGAGUGUGGGAAAUGUUUUACACGGAAAUCAUAUCUUGUUACACAUCAGCGAACUCACACAGGUGAGAAGCCAUUUCUAUGCUCUGAGUGUGGGAAAGGUUUUGCAAACAAAUCAGAUCUUGUUAAACAUCAGAGAAGUCACACAGGUGAGAAGCCAUUUCCAUGUUCUGAGUGUGGGAAAUGUUUUACACGGAAAUCAUAUCUUGUUACACAUCAGCAAACUCACACAGGUGAGAAGCCAUUUCUAUGCUCUGAGUGUGGGAAAUGUUUUGCAAACAAAUCAAAUCUUGUUAUACAUCACAGAAGUCACACAGGUGAGAAGCUGUUUUCUUGCUCUGAGUGUGGGAAAUGUUUUACACAAAAACCACAUCUUGUUAUACAUCACAGAAGUCACACUGGUGAGAACCCAUUUCCAUGUUCUGAGUGUGGGAAAUGUUUUACACAGAAAUCAUAUCUUGUUACACAUCAGCGAACUCACACAGGUGAAAACCCAUUUCCAUGUUCUGAGUGUGGGAAAGGUUUUGCACACAAAUCACAUCUUGUUAAACAUCACAGAAGUCACACAGGUGAGAAGCCAUUUUCUUGCUCUGAGUGUGGGAAAUGUUAUACACAAAAAUCACAUCUUGUUAGACAUCAGCGAACUCACACAGGUGAGAGGCCAUUUCCAUGUUCUGAGUGUGGGAACUGUUUUGCAUACAAAUCACAUCUUGUUAUACAUCAGAGAAGUCACACAGGUGAGAGGCCAUAUUCCUGUUCUGAGUGUGGGAAAUGUUUCGCACACACAUCAUCUCUUGUUACACAUCAGAGAAGUCACACAGGUGAGAAGCCAUAUUCCUGUUCUGAGUGUGGGAAAUGUUUCUCACAGACAUCGGCUCUUGUUACACAUCAGAGAAGUCACACAGGUGAGAAGCCAUAUUCCUGUUCUGAGUGUGGGAAAUGUUUCUCACAGACAUCGGCUCUUGUUACACAUCAGAGAAGUCACACAGGUGAGAAGCCAUAUUCCUGUUCUGAGUGUGGGAAAUGUUUCGCACAGACAUCAGCUCUUGUUACACAUCAGAGAAGUCACACAGGUGAGAAGCCGUACUCCUGUUCUGAGUGUGGGAAAUGUUUUGCAUACAAAUCACUUUUAGUUUUUCAUCAGCGUGCUCACACAGGUGAGAGGCCAUUUUCCUGUUCUGAUUGUGGGAAAUGUUUUGCAUCGAAAUCAGAUCUUGUACCACAUCACAGAAGUCACACAGGUGAGAAGCCGUAUUCCUGUUCUGAGUGUGGUCAAUGUUUUGCACAGAAAUCACAUCUUGUUAGACAUGAGAGAAGACACACAGGUGAGAAGCCGUAUUCCUGUUCUGAGUGUGGAAAAUGUUUUGUACGGAAAUCAAUUCUUGUUAAACAUCAGCGAUUUCACAGGUGAGAAGCCAUUUUCAUGCUUUGAGAGAAAUAAAUCCGCUCUUGUUGAACAUAUUAGACAUUACCCAAGUACGGAACCAUUUAAAUCUUCUGGAGUAUAAUUAUCACUGUCAUGCAAUGUUCCUCAAGCGUCAAUCCUAUCUCCUAAGCUUUAUAAAAUAUACAUGCUACCACUGGGUUAUAUAAUCAGACAUCAUGGCCUGGUCUACCACUGCUAUGCAGAUGACCUGCUUUUUGCUCCAUGUACUGAGAACCUAAUACCAAUCCUAAAUGGUUGUCUAGCUGAGCGCCAGGGGUGGAUGAUGCCAGUUGGCUGUGAUUCAGUCUUUGUGAAACAUAA